AUGCCGCCGCCGCCGCCGUCGGCGCAGCGGCUCAAGCAGGUCCUCGUCGUCCGCGCGGACCUGGGCAUGAGCGCGGGCAAGAUAGCGGCCCAGUGCGCGCACGCGAGCCUCGGCGGCUACCGCGAGGCGCUCCGGCGGACGCCGGACGUCGCGGACCGCUGGGUCGGCGCCGGCGAGACGGUCAUCGUCGUCCAGCACGACGGGUGCCUGCGCAGCCUGCACGCCGCCGCCGUCGCCGCGAACCUCAACACGUCCCUCAUCGCCGACGCGGGCCGCACGGAGGUCGCGCCGGGCACGGAGACGGUCCUCGGCGUCGGACCGGCGCCCGCGGACGACGUCGACGCGAUCACGGGGCGGCUCAAGCUCCUGUCGUAA